AUGGCGCCGCAGCAGCAGAGCCUGGUGACGCCGCUGGAGCACACGGGCAUCGGCGCAGCGGCGGGGAUGUUUGAGGUCUGCGUGAUGCAGCCGACCGUGGCUUUCAAAAACGCCCUGCAGGAGGGGCGGCCGCUGCCGCGGACGCCGCUGGCGCUGUACAGAGGCCUAGUGAUCAACUGCUGUAGCAUGGCCCCCAUCACGGCCAGCCAGUUUGGCACCAGCCGCAUCCUCGAGAAUGCGAUCGUCCAGUAUACUGGAAAUGACAUCACCAGCGUGGGGCGCUUCGCGAGUGCGGCGGGCGCAGGCAGCGUCAGCGCGCUGAUCGGGUCACCCACCGAGCUGAUUAUUAUCCAGCAGCAGAAAAACCUGACGCCCCUGGCCACCGAGGUCAGGCGGUUCUUCAGCACCUACUCCGCCCACUCAAUUUACCGCGGCCUGGCUCCCUGCAUCGGCCGCGAGACGCUGUAUGCCGGCGGCUACCUGGGGCUGUGCCCUGUGCUGUACGACAUACUGCGCGCCAAGGAGUACUCCACCAGCAGCGCGAUGAUCGUGUCGGGCAUCGUGGGCGGCGUGUUUGCCUCUGCGGCGUCGCACCCCUUCGACACUGUCAAGACCCGCAUGCAGGCGCGUGCGUGGCGCUGCGAAGGGCCCACCCUUGCCGCGCGGGCUUGA